AGAAAAUCCAAAAUCCCGGACCAGCAAACCAACCAGGCCCCUCGUGCGUCGCUGGAAUCGAAGACAGGCGGCCGCCGCCAGCCAGCCCCGCGCUUCUAGAAGCUUCCGGAUCCCGCGGGGAGGGAGGGAGGGAGGGAGCCCCGUCCUUCUUCGCCCGCUGAGCUUCCGAUGGCGUCGGGCGCCGCCAGGUCGUCGCGGUCCCGCCCGGCCGGCCACUCCGGCGUGCUCCCGGCGAGCACCGCGGCGGCGGCGGGCGGGGGCGUCGGGGUGCAGCACGCCGACAAGCUCAAGAUCUUCAAGACCGACAAGUUCGACCCCGACUCGUACGUGCAGUCCAAGUGCCACACCAUGACCGAGAAGGAAAUAAGGCACCUGUGUUCGUAUCUGCAAGAUCUAAAGAAGGCUUCUGCUGAAGAGAUGCGCACAAGUGUGUAUGCGAACUAUGCUGCAUUCAUCAGAACAUCAAAGGAGAUAUCUGAACUUGAAAGGGAACUGCUAUCUAUCAGAAAUCUGCUAAAUACAGAGUCAGCUCUUAUUCAUGGUCUAUCUGAAGGGAUUCAGAUUGAUUCCUUGAUCAUAGGACCUGAAGAUUCUACAGAAGACACCAUCUCCACUAUUGAAUACCAGGAGCUUUCAGAAAUACAGAAAUGGCAUAUGGAUUUUCCCGACAAGCUUGAUGUCUUGCUAGCUGAGAGAAGAGUGGAUGAAGCACUGGAUGCCCUGGAUGAAGCAGAACGAAUUGCUGUUGAUGCAGAAAAGAAGCAGACUCUUGCCACAGCUGACAUUGUUGCUUUGAAGGGGGUUAUCUCUGAUAAUCGCCAGAAGUUGUCAGAUCAGCUUGCUGAAGCUGCUUGCCAGUCUUCUACUUGCGGCAUUGAACUUCGUGCUGCAGCUUCUGCUCUCAAGCGACUUGGUGAUGGACCUCGUGCUCAUAGUUUGUUGCUCAGUGCUCAUAACCAAAGGCUUCAGUCCAAAAUACAAACAACACGUCCGUCUAGCACAGGGCAUAGUGUGGCUUACACCGCAUCUCUUGCAAAGCAAGUUUUUUCUGUCAUAGCUAAUGCUCUCAGUGACUCUAUGGAAGUGUUUGGUGAUGAACCAUCUUAUGCAUCUGAACUAGUUACUUGGGCUACUAAGCAGGCAAUGGAGUUUACCUUGCUUGUGAAGAGGCAUGCUUUAGGCUCUUGUGCAGCAGCUGGGGGCUUAAGAGCUGCUGCCAAGUGCGUUCAGAUUGCACUUGGUUAUACCUCCUUGUUAGAAGCUCGAGGUCUGUCACUUUCAGCAGUUCUGUUGAAACAGUUCAGACCCUGUGUUGAGCAAGCAUUAGAGUCCAAUUUGAGGAGAAUCGAAGAGAGUACUUCUGCAUUAGCGGCAGCUGAUGACUGGACACUAACCUAUCCUCCAACUGGUAUAAGGACAUUUGCUAGAGCAUCUGCUGGUAAUUUGGCACUCCAGCCGAAGCUCUCGAGCAGUGCCCAUCGGUUCAAUUCAAUGGUUCAGGAUUUCUUUGAGGAUGUUGGGCCACUGCUUAGCUUGCAGUUAGGUGGUUCUAUAAUGCAUGGGCUUCUGAAAAUAUUCAAUACAUAUGUCGAUUUGCUCGUGAGUGCACUACCGGGCUCAAUGGAUGAUGAGGCGAAUUUGGAAGGUUUAGGAAAUAAGAUUGUUUGCAUGGCAGAGACCGAGGAGCAGCAAUUAGCAUUGUUAGCCAAUGCAUCCUUACUAGCUGAGGAGUUAUUACCUAGAGCAGCUAUGAAGCUGUCAUCUGUAAACCAGGCCAGCAUGGGUAGUAUGCGUAUAAGGGGCCCAGACAAGCAAAACCGUGCAGAGCAACGUGAAUGGAAAAGGAAGCUGCAGCAUAUGGUGGAUAAACUUAGAGAUAGUUUCUGCAGGCAGCAUGCUCUUGAUCUUAUAUUCACGGAAGAAGGUGACACCCAUCUGAGCGCCGAAAUGUACAUCAAUAUGGAUAAUAAUGCUGAAGAGACAGAUUGGGUUCCAUCUCUAAUUUUUCAGGAAUUAUACACAAAACUGAACAGGAUGGCGGGCAUUGCCGCAGAGAUGUUUGUUGGCAGGGAAAGAUUUGCUACAUUGCUGAUGAUGCGGCUGACUGAAACAGUCAUACUGUGGCUCUCGGAUGACCAGACCUUCUGGGAGGAAAUCGAAGAGGGGCCCAGGGCUCUCGGUCCCCUUGGACUUCAGCAGUUCUACCUGGACAUGCAGUUUGUCAUCCUUUUCGGGCAAGGCCGGUUCUUGUCCCGGCACGUGCACAGCGUCAUACUGCACAUAAUCGAUAGAGCGAUGGCAGCAUUCUCUGCUACCGGAUUGGAUCCUGAUAGCGCGCUUCCGAGCGACGACUGGUUCAUCGAAGUUGCACAGGACAGCAUCAGUAGGAUCAGCGGGAGGGCCCGACCGGCCACCUCGGAGAGGGAGGUGCUCAGCCCGACGGCCUCCGUCUCGGCGCAGUCCGUGUCGUCGGCCAGGUCCCAUGGAAGCUCUUAGAGUGCAUCAUCUUCAGUAGACAGGUCCUUGUAGUAUAGGUGUACUCCUCCUCAUCUGUAUAUAUUCAUUCCCUGCUGUAUCUUGGGCCUCUGUGCGCGGUCUGUGAUCUAUUGUGCAGCUAGCAAUGCUGUGAUUAUAUAGCCCAGUGAGUAUAGAGUAUAUAGACUGUAUACAUAAAAAAAAAGUCCUUUGCGGUGGAAUCGCAUAAGAAGAAAAUAUAUGUUACUCUGAAUUGAA